CUCCCCCCCCUCUACCCCGGCCCUAUGAAAUGUCACUCAAGGUUUUGAGGCUCCCUCCAGUCGCCCAAACAAGCAGCGGCGGCCGCAGCCCGCGCUCGCUCCAUGCCUCCGGCUACGCCGCCGCCGCCGCCCCAUCCCGGCCGGGGGGGCGCGUGUGUCCGCUCCGCAGCCUGCCCCGGCGGGCGGGGCCCAUGGGCGCGGGGGCUUAGGCGCGGGGGGCGGGAGGGCGUUUGCUGAGCUCCCUGGUAGGGCUGCACUGGGGGGCGCAUUUCCUCACGGCUUCGACAGGCUGGGCCGGGAGCGGGGCCGGGAGCGGGAUGGCGCUCAGCUCCCGCGCUCACGCCUUCUCCGUGGAGGCGCUGGUGGGGAAGGGCGCCAAGAGGAAGCUGCCGGACUGCGGCGGGGAGAAGGAGCCGGGCCGCGCCGAGCCAGCGGAGGAGCAAGGGGCAGGCGGCGGGAGGACCCACGAGCCCGAAAAGAGACCUAAAGCAGACACGUCGACUUCUUUCCCAGCCUGCGCCGAAAGCCGCGAAGCGAAAGAUGACAUCCACGUGGAGCUGCAGGGGUCUGAGCUCUGGAAGCGAUUCCACGAGAUCGGCACCGAAAUGAUCAUCACGAAAGCGGGCAGGAGGAUGUUCCCGUCCGUGCGCGUGAAGGUGAAGGGGCUGGACCCGGGGAGGCAGUACUACGUCGCCAUCGACGUGGUGCCCGUGGACUCCAAGAGAUACAGGUACGUGUACCACAGCUCGCAGUGGAUGGUGGCCGGGAACACGGACCACUCGUGCAUCGCGCCGCGGCUCUACGUGCACCCGGACUCGCCGUGCUCCGGGGAGACCUGGAUGCGGCAGGUCAUCAGCUUCGACCGCGUCAAGCUCACCAACAACGAGAUGGACGACAAGGGCCAUAUCAUCCUGCAGUCCAUGCACAAGUACAAGCCCCGCGUGCACGUGAUCGUGCAGGACGCCCGCUUCGACCUGUCGCAGAUCCAGUCCCUGCCGGCGGAAGGCGUGAAAACCUUCUCGUUCAAGGAAACCGAGUUCACCACGGUCACGGCUUAUCAGAACCAGCAGAUUACAAAACUGAAAAUAGACAGGAAUCCCUUUGCUAAAGGAUUCAGAGACCCUGGAAGAAACAGGGGUGUGUUGGAUGGACUUUUGGAAACAUAUCCAUGGAGACCACCACUUACUCUGGAUUUUAAGACUUUUGGUGCAGAAAGCCAGGGUGGGAGCUCUGGUUCUUCCCCUGUCACCUCCAGCGGUGGGACACCAUCACCUCUGAACUCCUUGCUUUCUCCAUCUUGCUCACCUCCCACAUUUCACCUGUCUGCAAGCAACAUUGGAAUGUCGUGCCCUGAAACCUACCUACACAAUCUCAACUUGCCUCUUUACUACAAGAUUUGUCCUUCAAGCCUUUUGAGACAACAGUCACUUCUAUUUCCAAGCCAGGAAAAACUGGGAGGCACCAAUCCACACAUCAUACCCCACUUCAUGGUGGAUAUGCCCAUGUUAUCUUCCCUUGGCAUAACAAAUCUGAAAAAUGGUAAAUCUGAAGACUUGAGUGGGCAAUGUCUACAAGUACCCAAUUCUGCCAGUCAAAUGUUGUAUGGAUUACAUGCACCUGGAAACAUUUUCCCAUCAAGUCCCAUUGCCCGGGAAGCACUUAAUUGUUCUUUACAUCCACCAUAUGGCUUGUAUGGUUAUAACUUUUCUAUGCCAUCUAGACUGAUGAAUACGGCCAGCCAUUUCAAAGUGAAUGAUAGCAUUCCAACCUCUUUUAGAGAUGGCAGAUGUAAUCACUCCAACUGGCACUCAACAAUUAACCAUUGCCUUUAAUGGGACUAUAUAAUCAUUUCUAACACAAAGACCUGGUAGCACAUCUUUUCUUCAUUCAUACUCAAAGGUUUGCUGAUUAUUGAAUAUAAAGUGCUUCACAAUUCAGGAGUGACCUGUCUAGAGAUCGAACUUUUCAUACACAAAUGUGUCAUAAUGUUCUGAAUGUGGAUGACAAUGAGAUAAUGUUCUGAAUGUGGAUGACAAUGAGAUAACCAGCAACAGUGACAACUUUCCAUGAGAAUAAUUUAUGUAAUGUAGGAUAGGAGCAAACUGUACAUUCAUUUUCUUAAUAUUUGCACUCUAAAGUAGGACUGAAUAAAUAUAUAGUUUUUCAAA